AUGAAAUGCGAUAUAGAUACCAAAGAAAAGGCGCCUUUCGGUAGAAUCUUAAAUGAUCGGGACGCAGACCGUGUCCCUGGCGCGGUCAUUCUCAACGAAAAGGCAGCACAUUCGGAGGAUCUAACUACAGGCCUGAAGCACGCGAAAGGCCACGACGGCGCGCUGGUCUUGAUACCAGAGCCGGCCAACGACCCAAAUGAUCCUCUGAACUGGCCACAGCCGAAGAAGCUUACGGUCGUUGUGAUUAUCAGUUUUGGCACCAUUCUGACAGCGGCUGUAUUCGGCCCACUCCUCAAUGCAGGCAUGGUUGUCCUUGCAACGGAGCUCAAUGUUAGCAUCUCCAAGAAGUAUGGGAAACGCUUGCUCUUCAACAUCUCGACACUCUUCGCUGCCGUUAGCUCCAUCAUUUGUGGCUGCGCCAGUACAUACCGCACCUUGCAUGCAGGACGGGUCGUUCAAGGAUUUUCAAUUGCGGCUUACGAAUCUCUCUGCUUCGUGAUUAUCGGAGACUUAUUCUUCGUUCAUGAACGUGGACUGUACGCUGCUCUUACCAGCCGGCUUCUUAUCGUCUGGUGA